CCCCCGCAGCUGGAAGCACAAGACUACACACAUUACAGAAGAAGAAGAAGAAGAAGAAGAAGAAGACGAAGACGAAGAAGACGAGGAGGAGGAGGAGGUAGGGGGCGGACGCAGAAGACCGAACAUGUAUCGAGCAGCAGCUUCGAGGCUUAGGGCUCUGAAGGGCCAUGCUUGCAACAAGCAGUUGGUGAGAUCUGCCAGUGCCAGCACUGUUGCGACAAAAUCCUCAUCUUCAGGGGGCAUCUUGAGCUGGCUGACUGGUGGGAGCUCCAGUACUUCGGCUCCCCUUGAAUAUCCACUUUCAGGUGUUGACCUUCCACCACCAUUGCCAGAUCAUGUUGAACCGGGUAAAACCAAGAUUUCAACUCUCCCAAAUGGCGUCAAAAUAGCCUCUGAAACAUCCACAAAUCCUGCUGCUUCAAUAGGUUUAUAUGUUGAUUGUGGCUCAAUUUACGAGACCCCAAUCUCUUCUGGAGUCACACAUCUCUUAGAACGAAUGGCCUUUAAGACCACAAAGAACCGUAGCCAUUUACGCGUCAUCCGGGAAGUGGAGGCAAUUGGUGGCAAUGUGCAAGCUUCAGCUUCUAGAGAGCAGAUGGGAUAUACCUAUGAUGCCCUGAAGACUUAUGUUCCUGAAAUGGUUGAAUUGCUUAUUGAUUCUGUGAGGAACCCUGCAUUCCUUGAUUGGGAGGUCAAUGAACAGCUUCAAAAGAUCAAGGCAGAGAUAGCUGAAAUCUCAAAUAAUCCACAUGGCUUGGUUAUAGAAGCACUUCAUUCCGCUGGUUAUUCCGGUGCAUUGGCCAAUCCUCUUUUAGCCCCAGAGUCUGCCAUAAACAGAUUGAACAGUGCAAUUUUAGAGGAAUUUGUUGCCGAACAUUAUACUGCUCCUAGAAUGGUGCUUGCGGCUUCAGGGGUAGAACAUGAGGAACUAUUGUCAAUUGCCGAACCACUAUUAUCUGAUUUGCCAGGUGUACCCCGUCUCGAGGAGCCGAAAUCUGUGUAUACAGGAGGUGAUUAUCGUUGUCAAGGUGAAUCAGGGAGAACCCACUUUGCUGUUGCAUUUGAACUACCUGGCGGAUGGCAUAAGGAGAAGGAAGCAAUGACUUUGACUGUUCUUCAGAUGCUUUUGGGGGGUGGUGGAUCCUUCUCUGCGGGUGGUCCUGGGAAGGGAAUGUAUUCGCGGUUAUAUCUUCGUGUUUUAAACGAGUAUCCCCAAGUUCAGUCCUUUUCAGCUUUCAGCAACAUCUACAAUAACAGUGGCAUUUUUGGCAUUCAAGCAACUACCGGUUCUGAUUUUGCAGCCCAAGCCAUUGAUAUUGCGGCGAGGGAGCUUAUAGCAGUGGCAACACCAGGAGAAGUUGAUCAGGUGCAGCUGGAUCGUGCCAAACAGUCAACGAGGGCAGCCAUUUUGAUGAACUUAGAGUCCAGAAUGGUUGCGUCAGAAGAUAUAGCCAGACAAAUUUUGACGUAUGGUGAGAGGAAACCUGUAGAGCAUUUCCUAAAGGCUGUUGAUGAAGUAACACCAAAGGAUAUUGCUUCCACUGCCCAAAAACUCUUAAAAUCCCCCUUAACAAUGGCAUCAUAUGGGGACGUUAUUUAUCUUCCAACUUACGAUUCGAUCAGCAGCAAGUUCCAUGCGAAAUGAGGAUCGACUGUGCGGGCUCGUGACGUGAUCUUGUCGUUAUAGUUUAUCCUUCUUUAACAGUGCAUAUCUUCGAGCUCUCUUUGCCACAUUUCUGGUGAAAAAUAAGGGAGGACUCUGAUUCUUUGUUGAACAAUAAUCAGUGAAACAGGGAAGCAGCAGUUCAUGCGGGAGAUUUUUGUUGGAGGCCUAGAUUGCCUUAUGCUGUCAAGUCUUCUGGUUUACUUAUUAUUUUUCUUAAUGCUCAUCUGAUGUAAUUUGGUA